GUGUUGAAGUUACAAGGCAUAAAAUUUCUAGUUGUGACACAAACCCUAGAAACGGAGCUCUCGACAAGGAGUAGCGAAGCAACGGUGCAGGUGGGUAUAAAAACUAUUGGGAGACUAAUAUGUUUCUCCAAACCGAAGAAUUCGAUAGUUGGGGCGGAUUAGAGGAAACAUUUUCCGAUUAUUGUGAUUCAAGUUCACCGGAUGGAACUAAGUCGUCGGUGGCCUCCAAGGGAGACAUAGUGUUCAUGUCAAUGGAAAAGUCAAAGAAGAAAAGGAUUCAGCAAUCUCCAGAUACAAGUGAUUCAAGGGCCUUUCCGAUUGAAAUUAUUGAAUUAAAAGUGUCAUACGUAGGAGAGAAGAUAACAUUGGUGAGUUUGAAAUGCAAGAAAAGAAGAGACAUGAUGGUCAAGAUUUGUGAGGUUUUUGAAUCUUUGAAGCUCAAUGUUGUCACUGCCAACAUCACUGCUUUCCCUAAGACCCUUUUCAAGACACUCUUCAUUCAGGUAGAUGAUUCAAUAGAUGAUAUUGGUGAGAUUCCAAUUUUAUUGGAAUGGAAUCACGAAUUCCAAUUCUAUUGGAAUGGAAAGACGAAUUCCAAUUCUGUUGGAAUCACAGAUGUUAAUGCUUGA